AUGGCUGAGCUGGUGCUGGGCCCUCAGCAGUCGGAACGGAGGGACCGGAGCUGGGAAAAUGAGCUGGCCGAGGGAAUUGACAAAAGGGAAAGGAGAAUGCUGCCGCCUUGUGGGCACAGCCGGUACUGCAGCACCGAGCGCUCCGAGCGCUUCCCGCGGCUCCGCCGGCACCGGGACCGGGACAUGGAGCUGGGCCGGGACCGGCACCGGGACAUGGAGCUGGGCCGGGACCGGGACAUGGAGCUGGGCCGGGACCGGCACCGGGACAUGGAGCUGGGCCGGGACCGGGACAUGGAGCUGGGCCGGGACAACGACGGGGACUGGCCGUGCGAGGCCGCGGGGCCCUCGGCCGGGGCCGCUCCCGGCAGGGAUCGCGGCCGCUGUGCGGGGAGCGCAGGCGCGGAGCCGGGGGCGCAAUGGCGGAGCCCGGGGAGCAGCGGGGCCGGGCCGGGGGCACCGGGGGCGGCGGCGCCGGGCUCGGAGGAUGAGGAAGGCAACCCUGCCGAGGAGGAAGAUGAGGAGGUGUGGGAGGAUGGAGACAGCGGCCGCCAAAGGCUGGGGAAGGCACAAGUCCAGGUUCUGGAUGAAGUCCUUCCUUUCCCAAGGGCGAGAAAGCCAGCAGGAUGUGAACCAGAGGUGGUGCUUUAGGAAAACCCCUCCAGCCUGGGAAGGAGCUUUUGGCUCUGGACACAUUCCCAGUCCCCAGGAGCAGCAGGACCUGUGCUGUUCCAGCAGGUGAGGCAGAGGUGCCUUUCCUUCCUUCCUCCCUUCCCUGCUGCACUUUGGCUUUUUGAGGGGUCUCUGGGGGUCUGAGGGAGAAGUUCUUUGUCCCUCCAGGGCAGAAUUAGCCCUGGUCCCACUAAAAGCAGGAGGAAUCAUUUUAUCCCUGUUUUUGGAUACACAUUUUGUGUUUUCUCUCUGUUGCUGACACCGUGUGGUGAAGCAGCAACUCCCAACCUUGUCAGUGCUGCUCCCAGCUUUGUUCAUAGCUCGUAAACAAGAAACAGUAAUUUGCUGCCCGGUGGUAAUUGGAUUAAGGACAAGACCUCCCUCUUUGUUUAAUAUUCCUGAGAAAAGCUGCCAAGGAAUAAAACGAGAGCUUCCCCCAGUGAAAUCCUGCCCAAUUCCAUGCUGGGUUUGCACACACACAAGGCUCAAUCCCUGCUGGAAUGCCUGUCACAGCCCCCAGAUCAAUGUGCAGUUUAAGGUCUCACAGCCUGACCAGGACAAUCUUUUGCCUCUGGACAUGGAAAAUCAGUUUUUCAUUGUUACAGCACCAGCUCAAGGUAAUUAUGAGGUGGUGUAAUGGUUUUUAAGUUGUGCCCAUGGAGGAAAUUCACUGCAGCAGCCAACACUGCUGUGCCUUCAUGAGCAACCCUCUGGGUUUGGGAUCUUGAAUUGUGGGUAUGAAAUCUCACAGAAUCCUCUGAGGCUGAAACAAAGACAAGGAAUCUCUCUUUUCUGAGAUGGAAAGAGCCAGAGGAAGUUGUUGAGGGAAAGGAAAAUUAAAGAUGGUAAGUGCUAAAACCUUUGUUCUUCCCUUCUCCUGAGCUCUGUACUUGGGAAUGGGUCAGUUCUGGAAGUUUCCUGGAGACACUGGAGAAUGAUCCCUGGUCUGCUGAAAAGUGGGAAAAUCUCACUGGCAAUUGCAGCCCCUGAGGGAGGGAAAAAGGAGCAGGAGCUCAGUCUGUGAGUGUGUGAGAAAUAGGGGGGGCGAAAUGUAUGGAUCAUCCUUUGCCUCAGGGCAUCAGGAAAAGCCCUUGAGCAAAAAACUGCAGUGCUGUUCCACAGGAGCCCCUGCACAGGCCCUGGGAAGUGGGCUCAUCCCAGCUUCCCUUCCAGAACAAGAGGAACACCCCACAGUGCUGUUUGAGACAUUCCUGACUAGAAUUGGGGCCGACUGGGCACUUCCCUGUUUUCCUGUAGGAUGUGGGCCAUGACAUGAAUUGGCUCCAACAGGGCCCAAGAUCCUUGUGGGGUCUGUGGCAGGGACAACUCCCAGAGCCGGACAGGGAAGGGAACCUUCACCCACACUCCCAAAAAGCUGAGAGGGAAAAACACCUGCCUGCAGCUGCCUGCAGCUCCUGGAGCUCUGGGGUUUCUGGCACACUCAGGGACAUGGGAUAAUGCCAGAAUUAUUCAAACCCUGGGAAUAAUGGAAUUAAUACCACCCCUUGAGCCUGUUCCGGGCAGGCUCCUGCCCAUCGCUCACUGGUUGCAGAUGGCUGUGGAAGUGAUGGAGGCAUCCAGGGAAUGCUGAUUGUUUUUCCCUCGCUUUGGCAAUCUGGUCAGUAAAAAUACUAAUUGAGCUCUUCCAGCAGGGAAACAUUUAAGCAAGAGGUGCUGAAAAGAAUUGGAGUUUCUGAUUUUAAGUCUCCAACUUAAAAUAGUCUUUGGAUUGUCACCGGUCCAGCUUCCAUGGACAGGUCACUGUGGCCAGGAGUGUCCAGUCCUGCUGGAAAUGCACUGGACCAGGAUGUCAUUUUCACUUUAUAUGGGUAAAGACCCUCUGGCUGACCCCCAGUGACUGAAAGCACCAGACUGGGUUUCCAGGGCACUAAUUCCAGGUGUUCUGGUUUUGGGAAUAGCACAGGAGCCUUUCCCUUGCCCAGAGGAGCAUCCAGUGCCUCCCAUAGUCCACAAAUCCCCAGGAUGGACCACAGAGAAAAUAACAGGAAUAUGGAAAUCCCCCACAGAGGGAGUUUGUGGUGCUCUGGAUUACAUUUUGGAUUUAUAAUGUUAAAGGGGGACUGUGGAAUGCCUUUUCUCCUUUUUAUUGUCACUGUUAUCACUGCUCUUGUUGCUAUUACUGUUAUGUGCUGUCAUCAGUAUUAAAUUAUUAUAUUUGUCUUGGUUUCCAUUA